AUGGCCUGGCAGUCAUCCACGUAUGUUUGUCUACUGCAGAGCUCUGUGGAAAACAUGGAUUUGGCGGGAGGCAAGCGAAUCCAUGCACACCUUAAUCAGAAUGGAUUUACUGCAGACGGAGUUUUGGGUAAUACACUUUUAAACAUGUAUGUGAAAUGCGGCACUGUGCAGGAUGCACGAAAAGUGUUUGAUAAAAUAUCGGAACGAGAUGUGUGCUCGUGGACUGUUAUGAUUGCAGCUUAUGCAAGGCUAGGAGAUGGGUUCGAGUCGAUGACACUUUUUCAACAAAUGCAGAGCAAGCAAAUCAGGCCGAAUGAGUUCGCUUUUAGCAGUGUUCUGUCAGCCUGUGCGAAGCUGCAGGCUCUGGAAAAGGGUAUGGGGAUCCACCAAGACAUAAUAAAGAGUGGGUUAGAGUAUGAUGUGGCCCUGGCCAAUGCCCUUGUUGACAUGUAUGCGAAAUGUGGCAGCAUAGUUAAAGCGCGUGAAUUGUUUGACAAAAUGCCUAAACGAAAUGUUGUGUCGUGGACUUUGAUGAUUAACGCUUACGCAAGGCAAGGGCUUGCCAGUGAGGCUUUGUCUGUGUUUUGCUUGAUGCAACAAGAAGGAAUUGAACCCAAUGAUUUCACAUUUGCGACUGUUCUUUCUGCGUGUGCCAAAUUAGGAUAUUUGGAGCCAGGGGAGGAAAUCCAUGAGAAAAUAGUCAGAAGAGGAUUGCAUUCUGACGCCUUUGUCAUGAGCUCUCUUGUAGAUAUGUAUGCAAAAUGUGGGAUACUGGAAAAGGCUCAAAUUUGUUUUGAGAAAAUUUAUCAACCAGAAGUGGUCUCAUGGAAUGCAAUGAUUGCAGGCUAUGCGCAGAAUGGGCUUAUUGAUAAGGCACUGAAACUCUUUCGAGCAAUGCCUGAAAGGGAUGUCUUCUCCUGGACAACUAUGAUUGUGGGCUAUGUACAGAAUGGGAUUGUUGAUAAAGCCCUUAAACUCUUUGAAGAAACACCUCACAGAGAUAUGUUCUCAUGGACUGCAAUGAUUGCAGGACUCACGCAGAAUGGCCAUGGCAAUGAGGCCAUCAACUUGUUUGCACAAAUGGUUUUGUCAGAUGUGAAGCCAGAUUCAAAUACUUUUGCGAGUGUUCUUCCAGCAUGUACUAGCUUGGCAGCUUUGGAGAUGGGGAGGGAAAUCCAUGAAAAAAUAAUUACAAAUGGGUUCCAGUCAGAUAUAUUUGUGAUGAAUGCCCUGAUAGACAUGUAUGCCAAAUGUGGAAAUAUACUCAAGUCAUGGAGAAUAUUUGAACAGAUGCAAUGGCGAGACCUGGCUUCAUGGAAUGUGAUUAUCGGAGCAUAUGCAAUGCAUGGCUAUGGCAAGAAGACCCUUGAAUUGUUUGAACAAAUGAAAGACUCUGGCAUGAACCCAGACCACAUAACCUUUGUAAGCGUUUUGUCCGCUUGUAGUCAUGCAGGCAUGGUGGAUGAGGGUUACCAGCAUUUCAAUUACAUGACUGAUUAUUGUCACAUCACACCUACAAUGGAGCAUUAUAGCUGUAUGGUCGAUGUUCUUGGUCGAGCUGGUCAUCUGGAUGAAGCAGAAGAUUUCAUCAACAAAAUGCCAGUAAAACCCGAUGCUACAAUGUGGACUUCUUUGCUUGCCGCCUGUAGAAUGCACAAUAACGUAGAACUAGCAGGGCGCAUAGCUGAAUAUAUUUUUGAGUUAGACCCAAAUGAUGCAUCACCUUAUGUUCUGCUCUCAAAUAUUUACGCUGCAGGUGGCAGGUGGGCUGACCUUAAAAACAUUAGAAAAAAGAUGGAAGAUAUGGGCAUAAAGAAAACACCUGGAUGCAGUUGGAUCGAGGUUAAUAAAAAAGUACAUGGUUUCCUUGGAGGAGACGGAUAA